UUCCCGAAGCUUCUCUUCUCCCCACUCACAUUCACGUAUAAAUACAAAAGCAACUUGGGCUUCUCUCUCGUAGCCACCAAUCCAACGUUUCAAUUGCCACUCCUUCUCUCUCUCUCUCUCUCAAAAGAUGCAGUCGCUCCCACAUGAUGAUGACGACCGCCGCCACUCAAUCGGAAACAAUCCAAAACCAUGCAGAGACGACGAAACAGAGCCAUUACCAUGGCGAUCUUUAUCACGAUCAUGCCCAAGAAACCCCGACGACCACUGCCACCACAGCCUCAUCGCCACCGUCAGAUGCCGAUACGCCAACUCCUACGUCUCCUCCCUUGCGGUGGCUGGGAAGUUCCUCCUCGCCGGCUCCUCUGACAGGGACAUCCUGUCGUGGGAACGCACAGCCUUAGCAAACUCUGACAACACGCGAAGCGGUGGCGACGGCGGGCUGUGGGUGGUGGCCGAGUGCGCAGGCACGGUGAAGUCGCUGGUGGUUGUCUCCGACAAGCUCUUCAGCGCCCACCAGGACCACAAGAUUCGGGCCUGGAGGAUCCGAGCUCAAGACCUGAACCAGAAUCAUCCGAACCACCUGAAGUAUUCCCGCUUGGCGACGAUGCCGACUCUGGGCGACCGGGUGCUGGGGCUCCUGGUGCCGGAAAAGCAGGUCCAGUUCCGGCGGCACAGGAGGUGUGCGUGGGCGAGCCACGCCGACGUCGUCUCCGGGCUCGCGUUGUCAAGGGAUGCAUCGCUCCUCUACUCGGUGUCGUGGGACCGGUCGAUAAAGAUAUGGCAUACGUCGGACUUCAGGUGCUUGGAGUCGGUCAGAGAUGCGCAUGACGACGCGAUCAACGCCGUCGCAUCUUCCGGAGAUGGACGGGUCUACACUGGAUCAGCUGACAAGAAAAUCAAGGUGUGGCAGAAGCUCGAAGGAGACAAGAACCACUCCCUCGUCGCCACGUUGGAAGGACACGGUUCCGGGGUCAACGCACUGGCCCUGAACUCGGACGGGUCGAUCCUAUUUUCCGGUGGUCGCGACAGAUCCAUUAUGGCUUGGGAGAAGGAAGACGGUGGCGACCGGAUGGUGGUCGUGUGCGUGCUUUUGGGCCACUCCAAGUCCAUACUGUGCUUAAAGGUCGUCUCCGAUCUGGUGCUCAGCGGCUCCGCGGACAAAACCAUAAGAAUCUGGAGAGGGUCUGAGAAGAGCUACGCUUGUGUAUCGGUUCUGAACGGGCACCGAGGACCGGUCAAGUGUCUGACAGCAGCAGCUGAUUGUGGCAGCUCGUCGAGUGCUUGUUUUGUGGUUUACAGUGGGAGUUUGGACUGUGACUUGAAGGUGUGGAAGGUCGCUUUUCCCAUUUUGUGAAGAGCUAAUCGAUUUUCCGCUUAGUUUCUUUCCAUAUCUUUAGCUCCUCGUCCUCCAGUUUG